ACACUCUCAUGCACGGGUAGUUUGAGAGCUGAUGACUUACAUUCCGGCUCCCCCUCUUUCCCUUCACAACAUCAGGACUCAACGACCGAAGCGCACUGAAGCAAUUAAAGAUUUCAUUUCUCUUUAUACUCGAAGGCAACGGGAACCGAUUUCGAUUUCGUGAGGUUCACUUAUCAUAGGACCGGGGACACCCCAAGUACUUUAGAAAAUGCGCGUGUGUUUAAGCUACCUGGGAAGGCGCUCGUGUUUUGUAAAGACUAGUGGUGGUGGAAGAAGAAAGGAUUGAAACGGGAGGAGAUAAAAAAAAACAGCAAAAUAAGUCUGAGACUCAGCGCCAUAAAGGAGGGCACCACGGGACGUGUGGAUAAUGUGAGGGAAGCAAUGGCCUAGAUCUGUAACGUCAAGAGUAGGUCUGUCAUUCCGCCUCACUGCUUCAUUGUAUCGAGGCAUUCCGUGCUUUUCUUGUUGUAGCCUACCUGAAGGAACAUAACAUAAUGUUCUCAGACACAGACCGUCACCAUGCAUAAAUUGAGACUCUCUUUUGUGCGUAUCUGUUUUUUUGCCAUAUUUUUUGUUGUUGCUAUCUUUAAGUCAUCUUAAAUGUGCGUAAAAGGGGUUCGGCUGCUCCUUCAACCACUCUGCAUCGAUAUAACUCAUGCCCCGUCCCAUGACCCGCUGGUCUAUAGACUUCCUCAUAUACUUCCAUAUUUGCCAUUUGAGUGAUGGCGAUGCCAGUAGAAUCUGACAGUAGCGGUGUACGGAGCAGCACUCAUGAAAAAAGCUUCAGGGUACCAGAUCGCAACGGUUAUGUGAAAACAUGUGUCAUCCCGCUGUGCCGCGACCAAGACUAUGAGUCGUGGUUGAGCCUAAUUCUGAGUAAAAUAUGGAGUUCUCAAAGAGUGUGCGUGGGGUCGCUUUCGGUUUUUCUCGCUCUGGUGGUUACAUUCGCAGACUGGAAAACUGAGCCGAGCUGUAGCAGUGACAGCAGAUUCUCCGGAUCUUCAGUUCAUUUUGUUUCAGCCUGCGUAGGAGAGCUGUUGCAAACUUGGUGGCAUUUGAUUUCGCUAUUAUUUUCCCUUGUAUGUGCCUUUUUUUGGGUAGGUCUGUAUUUGAUUCGCUGUGGACUUCUUAUCCAAACCGCCCUUUUUCUUUUAACGUUGUGCCACCUUGGCGAAGCAGCCGCGUGGUCUCUCCUGCACGGGACGGAUGAACAGCUGUUUUCUUUCGCGUCAGCGGCUGUGGUCGUGUUCGCUUGCCUGGCCACCGGCGCACUCAUGGUAGCGCGGCUGAAUCAGGGCAUCUCUGUCAUUGUUUUCAUCAGUGUGGUCAGAACUAUCUCACUCAUUUCGUUGCACAAAGUACGGGCCACUUGGAGACCGUACGUGGCGUACCUGGUCGGAGUGCUCGGCAUCCUACUGGCGAGGUAUGCUGACAAGCUCCUUCCCAACCAAGGGGGACAUAAGGAGGGCUGUACCUCCGUGACUGGAACGAGGGAAGAGAUCCCUGUAUUUAAACGGCGAAGGAGGUCCAGCUCAGUGAUAUCCUCAGACAUGGCACACAGUCAGUCCAACAGCAAGUCACAUCGGAGAACUUCGCUGCCAUGCAUUCAGAGGGAUCAGAUGCUUCCUUACUCAGAAUGGGACCAGAGGAGAGGCUCCGGGGGGUCCCAGUCCUCAGGCACCAGCGUGACGGUGGACAUCUCCGUCAUGGGCGAGGCCCACGGGCUGAUCUCAGACCUGCUGGCGGACCCCUCCCUCCCCGCCAACACCUGCACGUCGCUGAGGGCCGUGAGCAGCCUGCUCACCACCCAGCUCACCCUGCAGCCUCUGCACCGGCCACGCCUCGCUCCCCUGCUCAACCUCGCCGACGCCUACACCUGCUCCGACUCUGAGGAGGGGCCUGAAAGGGGGGAGAAGACCCCCUUCCCCAAGCGUCUGAGGAAGAGUCUCCACCCGGCGCUGCUGAGGAGGAUCUCCUCCACCUGGACCACCACCACCUCUGCCACGGGCCUGCCCACCAUGGAGCCUAGCCUUGUGCGGAGAGACCGCAGCGCCAGCAUCAAGCCCUACCACGAAGCCCUCACCUGCAGCUGUGGCAGACCUUACAUCAAGCUCACCCAUGGAGAAGGAUCCAUAGACAAAGGGGACAGGAUUCACCGGACAGAGGACCAGGUGACGGCGUCGUCCGACUAUGACAGCACCCACGAGGCCAACAACAGUGACAGCAGUGACGUAGCGCAGACGGAGGAAUACGCGGAGGGAGGCAAAGCCCCCGGGCAGGGGGUCCUCCUGCAUCCCAUGAUGCCCCCUGAGGAUCAGCCCCUGCUGGCCCCAGAGCCGUUGGUAAUGGAGGACCUGGAGCCGAUGAUGACUCAGCUCAACAACUGGAACUUUCCCAUCUUCAGCCUGAUGGAGAAGACCAAUGGGAAGUGUGGCCGCAUCCUCAGCCAGGUUUCUUACAGGCUCUUUGAAGACACAGGUCUGUUUGAGACCUUCAAGAUCCCUGUCCAAGAAUUCAUGAACUACUUCCAUGCCCUUGAGAACGGCUAUAGAGAUAUUCCAUACCACAACAGGAUCCAUGCCACAGACGUUCUCCAUGCUGUGUGGUACCUCACCACCCAACCUGUGCCAGGCCUGCCCAGCCUCAUCAAUGACCAUGGCUCCAGCGACUCAGACUCCGACAGUGGCAUCACACACAGUCACAUGGGCUUCCUGGUGUCGAAGACGUACAGCGUGUCGGAGGACGGCUACGGUUGCCUGUCGGGCCUCAUCCCCGCGCUGGAGCUCAUGGCGCUGUACGUGGCGGCCGCCAUGCACGACUACGACCACCCCGGCAGGACCAACGCCUUCCUGGUGGCAACCAGCGCACCACAGGCUGUUUUGUAUAACGACCGCUCAGUUCUGGAGAACCACCACGCCGCUUCUGCCUGGAACCUCUUCAUGUCCCGUCCUGAGUUUAACUUCCUGGUCAACCUGGACCACGUGGAGUUCAAACGCUUCCGCUUCCUGGUCAUCGAGGCCAUCCUGGCCACCGACCUGAAGAAGCACUUUGACUUCUUGGCUGAGUUCAAUGCCAAGGUCGGGGAAGACCCAGCUACAGGCAUCGAUUGGUCCAAUGAGAACGACAGACUGCUGGUUUGUCAGAUGUGCAUCAAACUAGCGGACAUCAACGGGCCCCUGAAGUGCAAGGACCUCCACCUGCAGUGGACGGAGGGCAUCGUCAAUGAGUUCUACGAACAGGGGGAUGAGGAGUCCAGCCUAGGCCUUCCCAUCAGCCCCUUCAUGGACCGCUCAGCACCCCAGCUGGCCAAACUCCAGGAGUCCUUCAUCACACACAUUGUUGGGCCGCUCUGCAACUCCUACGACUCCGCCGCCCUCAUACCCGGGCGCUGGGUGGAGCCCAAUCCAAAAGGUGUAGAGGCAGACAUGGCGGAGAACGAGGUGGAGGAAGAGGAGGAGGAGGAGGAAGAGGAGGAAGACACGGCAGAGGAGGACGCCUCCACCAGCUCUGAAGCUUCGCAAAAACCGAGCCCCAAGAAGAGGAGGAAAGCGUUCUGUCAGAUCACCCAGCACCUGAUGGAGAACCACGAGAUGUGGAAGAAAGUGAUCGCGGAAGAGGCUCAGAAACAAGGCCAGGGGGCGGAGUCUGCGCGCUUAAACAAUGUAGCUGAGCCAAUCCUGGCCACCCAUGAGGAAGAGGAGGAGCCAGGGAGCAAAGAGGAGCUGGUGGAAGGGGAGGAGCCUGAAGAGGAGGCAGAUUGGCCCCUCCCUCCACAGGAAGACUCUGAAACAGCAGAGGAAGUAGAAGGGGACCUGGAGUGAGAAAGCUCAUGGGAUACGUGGCGUCUCAGAGCCAGAACGUGAAUUUAUUUUGUUCUUCAGUCCUAUAAACAGACUCCUGAUUUAUUUGUUGCCAGCACAUCACUAAGACACAACACUGUAGAAGUUGGGGGGGGAAAUUUGUGCCUAUAAAAAGAAAACAGGGUGGGGGGGACAUUACUUGGGUUUUACACAUGAAACCUGAGUAAUCGGGUGCAGAGAACCCUCAUGGUUCUCUGGAGGAACUUUCCAUAUUGCAAUACAGGAUCACACAUGUAUGUAAAGCGUAAGGGAUCACAGAACAAUAGACUCAUUUACUACUGUCAAGACCGGCUUGAGAACGGCCAUCAAAGACACCGGUCCGUUGUGUAAACAAAGACUGUAGAGACUGCUACCAGUUUAUAUCUUAAGAAAUAUUUUCUAAAUGCAAUUAUAUUUCGACAUCACGUUCAAAGUC